ACUCAUUCAUCUCUCUGUCAAAAUAACUGCAUUUAUUUCAGUACCCUUUAAAGCUAUUGUUUUUGUCACAAAAAAAAAGAAAAAAAUAGCAGAGCAUUGAUACCCUUAUCAUUAAUGGCAUACUCUAUAACCCCAUUCUUGAUUGUUCUUUUAUCCAUCUUUAUGGCAAUUUCAUCAUCACUAGCCAACCUGCCAGCUUCUACUAUUUCUGCUGCACCUGCAUUGCUACCUGAUCCUAUUUCUCCUUCAUCUCCACCACCAGCACUCUCUCCAGAUAUUACUCCUCUAUUUCCUUCACCUGCUGGCUCUGAGCUUUCUCCAACUGAAUCAUCAGUUCCCAUCAUACCCUCAAGUCCUAGCCCACCUAACCCUGAUGUAGUGGCAGCUCCAGGCCCUGAUAUGGCAUUUCCGCCAUCUGGGCUGUUACCGGAUUCUUCUUCACUCAGGUUGAAUCUGCCAGGUUUCUUGAUUCCAAUGUUGGUUUCUUGUUUGGUGGCAUUUGGUUUAAUGUAGCUGUCUGGUUAGUUUAUCUCUGGCGAUUAGGUAUGAUGGGUUUGGUUAAUUGACAGUUCCACAUUGUUGCAUUGUGAUUUUGUGUAGAUUAUGAAUAAAGUAGUUGCGUUCAUGUUCAGUAGUGUGUAUCUUUUGUUGUGGGAAUUGCUCCUUGAGAUAGUACCUUAAUAAUGCCUUCAGAUAUCUGUGCUUCU